AUGUGUGCCCUGGCUACCCGGUUCUACAAGAUCGACUUCAAAGAUGAACUCACCAAUACCCGUCUACCCAAGGUUUUAUGUGACGGUUGCAAGAGGCGACUGUGCCGUUUACGCGAUAACGAGGUUGAGCAGACGGAGUGGGAGGAGCACAAAAGGUUUUAUGUGAGCGGAGCCUUUUGGCACUACGAGCCCGUUAAGACGAGGGGCACGGUUAUAUGUUCGGCCGAGAAUCGUUGCAAGGUGUGUUGUAUUUACGCAGAGAAGAAGUCCAACACUCUACAGAAAAAGCAUUCUGCUGCACCACAGAAAGGACGGCCACUACAACAGUCACCUCCUAGGCCCAUGUGCUCAAAAUGCGGCCAGUAUAUGGAUAGCGAGCACGAUCUCGGUACGUGCGAUAGUGUGAAAAAACGACCAAGAAACUCAGGGGCUGCAGGUCGGAGGUUCUCUGACCGGGUUGACACUAGGGGUUAUACAGAUGAAAUGCUCCGGGUGAACUUGAAAAAGAAGUUCCUCUCUUCGACUAGCUCCUCGACUGCGUCUUCAAGUGGCCCGGUCAGAACCGGCGUGUCUGUAGAUGCACAUCACGCACUCGGACUUGAGCUCACCCCAGUACCCUAUAAAGCUACGAACGUUAAGAAAGUCGAGCUAACCACAGAUGCAGUUCGUGAUCUUCUCCGUCUCGGUCACCUGGGGUUGGGAAAGACCAGUGCCAAGGAGAUGUGCAGAAUCCUACGUGGUCAGGGUAUAUUUUUCCCUGAAGGGGGCUUACAGCGAGCCCUUGACGAGAAGUGGGUAGUUUUCGGUCCUGUAUUCGCUGCUGAGACCUUGAGCUUGCAAGAGGAUAGACAAUCGUCACCAGGUCCAACACCUUUCGGGUUCUGCACUGAUGUCAAUUCGUUGUUGAAUACGGUUACUGCUGGUGAGGCUGACCGUAUAACGAGGCUCAAGUUCCAGUUAGACGGUGGUCAGCAGUUUCUCAAAGUAUCUAUCAACGUAGCGACUAUGGAUCCUGGCUCGAGAUAUGUACCCAAGCCUAAUAGCGUCCUGCGUAACUUCGUUAUUGGGAUGGGCCAAGCCAGUGAGACCCAUCAUAAUCUAUCCGAGGUCUUUAACCAUAGAUGGAUCAGAUCUUUGUUCGACAUGGGAAUUCCCAAGAUCAUUGCAUGCGAUUUGAAGGUAGCUGCGAUAAUUGCUGGCAUUCAGCCAGCAUCGAGCAAAUACCCUUGUCCGUUUUGUCUCUUCAUGAAGGGUUCGGUUUGUGAUGGUCAACCAUCGAUAAGCCGAUCGUGGUCGCAGCACCUUCAAGACCGCAAAGACGGGAAGCACAAUGUUGUGGAGGAGCCUCUUGUAGCAUGGGAGGAGUCCCCGAUGGAGCUGUUGACGCUCUCGCCGUUGCAUCUUCUACUUGGAAUUACCAACAAGCUUUAUGAUCUUGCUUGCCCAGCCAUUUGCUUGGCUGGCAGCCAAGCAACAGGGUGA